AUGUCUGCCGACGAGAAGACACGCGUCUCCGGCGACGUCGUUCGCCCGGAGGCGGCUCAGGUCCUCCCGACCGUGAACCCCCAGGCCGAGAAGCCCCAGCCCGCGAAGGCGGCGCUGCACCCGGUUUUCUACGUCGUCACCUGGAUCGGCUUCAGUUCCUCCGUCAUUCUGUUCAACAAAUGGCUUCUGGACACCCUCAACUUCCGCUACCCCGUCAUCCUCACGACCUACCAUCUCACCUUUGCGACCGUCGUUACACAGGCCAUGGCGCGAUGGACGACCAUGCUUGAUGGCCGCAAGACGGUCAAGAUGACGGGCCGCGUCUACCUGCGCGCCGUUGUCCCCAUCGGCAUCUUCUUCAGCUUGAGUCUGAUCUGCGGAAACCUGACAUACCUCUAUCUCUCCGUCGCCUUCAUCCAGAUGCUCAAGGCCACCACUCCUGUCGCCGUCCUCAUCUCCGGCUGGACUCUGGGCGUCUCCCAACCCAACCUGAAGCAGUUCCUCAACGUCUCCGCCAUUGUCGUUGGUGUCAUCAUCGCGUCCUUCGGCGAGAUUCACUUCGUCACCAUUGGUGUUCUGUUCCAGAUUGGCGGCAUCAUCUUUGAGGCCCUGCGUCUCACCAUGGUUCAGCGCCUCCUGAGCUCCGCCGACUUCAAGAUGGACCCUCUCGUCUCGCUCUACUACUUCGCUCCCAUUUGCGCCGUCAUGAACGGAGUUGUCGCCCUCAUCUGGGAGUUCCCCAAGGUUACCAUGGCCGAGGUUUACCACGUCGGUCUCUUCACCUUCUUCCUGAAUGGUCUCUGCGCUUUCAUGCUCAACGUCUCGGUGGUGUUCCUGAUUGGCAAGACCUCUGCCGUCGUUCUCACCCUUUGCGGUGUCCUCAAGGACAUCAUGCUGGUCGUUGCCUCCAUGAUGAUCUGGGGCACUCAGGUUACUCCCCUGCAGUUCUUUGGCUACUCCAUCGCCCUGGGCGGCAUGGUUUACUACAAGCUCGGCUACGACCAGCUCAAGGGCUACAUGGGUGAGGCCGGCCGCCAGUGGGCCGAGUUCGGUGCCCGUAAGCCUGUGCUGCGCAAGCUCGCCGUCAUUGUCCUGUCCGUCUUCGUCCUCUUCACACUAUUCGGCGCUCUCGCUCCCACGUACGCUCCGGCCUACGACCCCACCAAGUUGACCAACGAGGUCACGAACCGCUUCAAGACGGGUGCCCAAUAA